GUCGAGCUUGACGACCAGGCUCCACUUGCCGUGCGUGUGCUGCGGUUUCAAGGCAGCUACAGCUUAGAUCGAUUGUUAGAACACUAAUACUUGUACAAGAUGGAAGAGAAGGGCUCGGACACGGUGGGCGUGACGCUUUACCCGGCAGACUAUGAGGCUGUGGAAAUGGUGACAGACCAGGGCAAGGAGAUCCUCCAACAGGAGUUCACUGAGGCGCAGCUGUUCCUGCACUCAAUCCAGGAGUUGGAACGCGUGCGCACUGACCGCAAAAAGAAGAAAAUGAAGACGGAGGAUGUUGAUGACGAGCAGGACAACGAGGUGAAGACAGAGGACACAGAUGAGUCUAUGGAGACCGCUGAAACUGUAGAGAAGCUUGAAGAGACCGUAGAAGAUGCCGACGAGGAAGAGGACGUCAUCGAUCCGAGAAUUCACUACCGCCCCAUGGUGGCGGAGCUUCAGGCAGCAGUUGCAGAGCUGCACCAGCUCAUCAAUUCUAUUGAUUUAAUUCGUCGUCGUGACUUUUUGGAGGAAAUGCGCUGUAUUCGUGAAAAUACGGCGCCCAAGAGAGAGGAACUGGAGCAUCUUGUGGAGGCGAAACAAGCGCAAGUGAAGGAGAGCGGCGCGAUUUUACUGGAUGGUGUCGAAGCGCUGGCCAAGACGGUGGAGAAGGAAAGUGUGUUUUUCCAGGGCAUCACGCAGAUGCUGCGCAAGUGGAAGAUUUGCGCUCCAAUCCACGGUAACAUCCCCAAGCCGUUCCGUGCGGGCGAACCAUUGGCGGUGGACUGCAGCUACGGUAGCGCGGGAUCCUUCUUCGUGCCGCAGACCCGAUCUAUCGCGGAUCUCGCGUAUGCUGAGCUGAGUCGCACUGAGAAGGGUCUUGUUCGUGUCAAGACGCCUGAAGAUUUCCUAGCGCGCGCGAUCCAAAUCAAACUAGAAGCCAAGGACACCGGGAAGGAGGGAGCGUUCACAUUGCCAUCUCCACAUCUUGUUCCUAUGACCAAGGCAGAGAUGGAUAAAUUGGAGGACACACCCGAAGAUCUGAAGACUCUGGAGGAGCGCAACGUGUCCAUUCUGAAGGCCGUACAGUUUUCUGUGUUCUGUGAAGAAUUGUUUUGCACUCUGAUGAAGGAGGCGCUUCAGAAUACGUCUAAGUGGACAGACACAGCGUACAAUAUCAGCAAGUAUGCGGUGAAGAAACAUGGCAGGGACGACAGCUCGACUGACACGCACAUUUCCGUUCUGCACGUAUUGGAUGAUGAGAUCCAACUCCGUGUGAAUGAGCGAUACCACCUGACAAUCAAGCUGGUAGACGUAAAGAGUUUGUCAAAGAACAAGGACCCGCGACGUGCCGCAUCCAUUUCGUAUUCAACCCCCGCUGACAGCGACGAAGCCUUCUUGACACAGACUUGUCGGUAUACACUUCUGCUGUUGCAGCAAGAGAUAAGAACUCGUCACGGUCGAAAGGAUAUCUCUCGGGCGUUGCUGUACACAGGCUCGGACAUUUCGACGACUUCUGGAGGGGGCGUGAACUCUAGCAACUCGGGUGCAGGUGCUGCAGGCAUGGGUCCUGCAAGCGAGACAGACAAACACGACAACACCCCAGGAACGCUGGCUACAGUCUUGACUGUCCUCGCACAUAAUCUGCUGAAAAACGAGGUAGGUCGGUAUCUGGACGAGGUGUCAUCGGUGCUUGCCUUUCAGAAGCUACAGAGCUCUGCAUCAGGUCGCGUGUUGGACGAUGGUUUGUUGCAGCCCAUCUGCGAUUCGGUACGCGGAGUCUACGUGAGUCCUCGGUGGAAAACGUGCGCGUUUGACUCGACAUUGUCGGCCUUUGACUUGAAUGUCGGCAAGAACUUCUCCACGGAGGUGCUUAUUUCUGGCGCACGGAUUCUCCUUCAGACAGGGAUGGCGUCGCAACGCGAGGUGUCCGGUGUGGAGGGUCUACGCGAGUUUGUGGAGACGACGGUGUGCUCUCAGGUAGCACUGGCACUACACCACGAUGCAUUGUCGUUCGGAUUGAAGCAAAGCUCGAUGAAUUUGGACCGUACCAGUGUCCGUCUUGUGGUCGCAGGCGAGUGGGAUGGCAGUUGCAUCGGCGAAGGUCGUGUGUCCGAUGCACGCGCAGUUGGCUCGAUCUUCCUGGAGCCGUACUUUGCAGCUGACGGCAGCUUGGCCAUCAACUGUUUACUGCAGGCAGUUGAUGCAAGCAAGCUCGCGCCCGUACAAGCUACACUAUGUCGCUCUGCAUCUGGGGAGGUGCACAAGGUGGAGUGGAAGCGGAUACCUGGCUCGAGUGACGCAGGUAAGAUGCUCUGGCUUAUGCAAAAGACUGGAGUGCUAUCGGAACCGUUCAAAGGGUCUACGAAAUCGAAGACAGCGCUAUCUAACGGCAACUAA